AUGUCGGAAUACACUGGAGAUGGGUUCAAGUGGAUUUCACWACCUUCGCARAGGACGAAAGGACAUGUUGGWUCUACUGUUCACAUCAAUUGGUAUUACGAAUGUAAURACUUUGGUUUCUAUAGAAUCUAUUACAACAAUAGACAUCUAUUCUUUCGAGACGCAAAUGAUCAAGAUUAUUAUCCAAUGAGAAAUGUAGUUCCUCAUUUCUCUGUUAUUGGUGGAUCAAAUGUGACAAUUAUCAUCCCUGAUGUUGAUAAAGAUAAAAGUGGAUCGUAUUGCUGUGAGGUUGAAUGUGAUCGUGGUGAUAAAUAUGUGGCAUGCACAUUUCUCGUCAUAUUUGCUUUACCUCGUAUCAACUACCUGACCUCACACCUUUAUGGCAAACAAGGAGAUUCAAUAACAUUAAAAUGUAAUGCCUCUGGAUAUCCAGCACCUCGUGUUACAUGGAUACACAAGGAUACAAACAGAACAAUUGCUAAUUCCAGUGUGACGUCAUUCAACAUUACUGGUAAAGCAUCAGGAGGAAAGUAUUGCUGUCACGUGUCAAACGGUUUCGGGAAUAAGACUAAUUGCACGUCCCUUGAAGUGAUAGUUUUACCUCGAAUCAACAAUCUAACCUCACACCUUUAUGGCAAACAAGGAGAUUUAAAAACAAUAAGAUGUAAUGCCUCUGGACAUCCAGCACCUCGUGUUACAUGGACACACAAGGAUACGAAUAGAACAAUAGCUAAUUUCAGUGUGACGUCAAUCAACAUUACUGGUAAAGAAUCAGGAGGAGAGUAUUGCUGUCACGUGUCAAACGGUUUUGGGAAUGAGAACAAUUGCACGUCCCUCGAAGUAAUAG